ACAGAAAAUAUGCUGAUAUGAAAUCAGUACAUGGCACGUUGAAUUUUAAAGUGCCAGAUGAAGUAGAAUGAUUUUCUUCUUUACAGCUCUAAACGAGUUCAAAUCACAAAGGCCAUGAAGAUGAUUAAUGAUCACCAGUCUGAUUUUCUAGUAAAGAAGAUGGCACUGGUGAAUGAAAUUAAAUUCAUGUUUAUGAAGUUGGCUGACGCAAUCAUUACCAGACGAAAGCAGCUGAUUCUCCAACUCAGUGAAGUCUGUUCUGCCCAACAGAGGACACUGAGUGUGAAGAAAUUUGAUUUGGCACAGCUAUCCAGUCUCAGUGAUGAUUAUAUUGAUUUUGUUAUCAAAGUGAACAAGGGCAGUGACUUGGAUGUAGUCAACAGGAAAGGGUACAUUGACUGUUACACACCACCUUCAGAGGAUCAAGAGUAG